UGGGCGCAGUCGGGUUGAUUUUGAGUUGACUCUUUUUUUCUACGCGAGGAAGGAUGAUGUUACUUAAUUUUUUUUAUUCGAAUAACUGAGACUUGAAUUCCGUUAUUGUUAUUAAUUGUUUUUUUUACGUAGUGUUUGGAUCGUAUCAUUUCAUAUCAGUCAUUUGAAAACAUGGAUUUCGGAAAAUGUCUCUGCCGGACUCCAAGAUGGCGUUUGUGCUGCAAACUGUCGCCACGGAACAUUCUGUUUCUCUUUUUUCUUUGUCACAUUGCAACGGGGCAAAUACGCUACUCGAUCCCAGAAGAGAUGAAGAAGGGGUCUCUAAUCGGGAAUGUCGCAUUGGACCUGGGAAUAGAUACGCAAAGGCUCCGUUCUGGCCGGGCCCGUAUCGUGACCGGAGAAAACCUCCAGUACACCGAGCUGAAGACGGACAAAGGGAUUCUAGUCGUGAACGACAGAAUAGACCGAGAGCAGCUUUGUGGAGACGUGACGCCGUGUAGCUUCAGUUUCGACUUGAUUUUGGAGAGCCCUAUGGAAUUACACCACGUCACUGUCGAAGUAUUAGACAUAAAUGAUAAUUCACCUUCCUUUCAUGAGCGCGAUAUGAGACUGACGAUCGGAGAAUCUGCCGCUCCGGGAGCGCGUUUCGUUCUGCCAACAGCCAAUGAUCCAGAUGUAGGAGUGAAUGGCCUUCAGGACUAUCAUUUAUCUCCGAAUGACAAUUUUAUUUUAAAAAAGCACUCAAAUACUGACGGAAGAAAAUAUGCGGAGAUGGUACUGGAGAAACCGUUGGAUAGAGAGCGAUACCCGAGCCUUUCCCUCAAACUGAUAGCAGUGGACGGUGGGACACCACACAAAUCUGGUACAGUAAAUAUAGAUAUCACUGUCCUAGACGCUAAUGAUAAUUCUCCCGUUUUCAAUCAGUCAGUCUACAAGGCCACUGUGAUGGAAAAUUCCGCAAAAGGAACCUACAUAAUUACUGUGAAUGCAACUGAUGCCGACAGUGGAUCAAAUGGUUUGAUUUAUUAUUCGAUUUCCAAAAUGCAAGGCAAUAUUGGCAGUAUUUUCGAAAUUAACAAGACAACGGGUGUGAUAUUUCUUGUAGGUCAGGUUGACUUUGAAAAAGCAAAGAAAUAUGAAAUACGCAUUGAAGCGACCGACCAAGGAGCUUUGACAGACUCCUCCAAAGUUGUAGUUGAUGUGAUUGACGUGAAUGACAGUCCCCCUGUCAUUAAUGUCAUGUCAUUCACUAGUCCUGUGUCAGAGGACUCUCCUCCCGGUACAACUGUUGGCAUCAUAAAUGUAAAAGACCUGGAUUCAGGUGAUAACGGACAAGUGAAUUGUAGAAUAGAACAAAACGCACCUUUUAAGAUCAAAUCUAAUUUAAGAAAUUACUAUACAUUAGUAACAGACACUGUAUUAGAUCGUGAAAGUGCUACAGAAUACAACAUCACUGUUGUAGCGACAGAUGCAGGAAUUCCUCCUCUCUCCACAAAAAGAACCUUUCAUUUAAAGGUCUCUGAUGUGAACGACAACGCUCCGGUGUUUUCACAAAGUGUUUACAGCGCGUUCAUCGUGGAGAAUAACUCUCCCGGUGUUUCUCUUCUCACCGUUAAAGCUAUUGAUCCUGACGAAAACCAAAACGCCCGAAUAUCUUAUAUUCUGGAAGAUAAUGACGCGGGCGGAUCUCCAAUUUCUGAGUACGUUUCUGUCAGUUCAGAAAGCGGAGUGAUUCACGCAGUGCGUUCUUUCGAUUAUGAGCAGAUCAAGCAGCUUGUAUUCAUAGUCAAAGCUCAGGACGGAGGCUCUCCUCCUCUCAGCAGUAACGUGACAGUGAAAGUACUGAUCCAGGACCAGAACGACAACCCCCCUCAGGUCCUGUACCCAGUCCAGACUGGUGGCUCUCUGGUGGCUGAGAUGGUGCCUCGUUCAGCAGAUGUGGGCUAUCUGGUCACUAAAGUGGUGGCUGUUGAUGUGGACUCUGGACAGAAUGCCUGGCUCUCCUACAAACUGCAGAGAGCCACCGACAGGGCGCUGUUUGAAGUGGGCUCACAGAAUGGAGAAAUCAGAACGAUCCGUCAAGUGACUGAUAAAGAUGCAGUGAAACAGAGACUGACUGUGAUAGUGGAGGACAACGGGCAGCCCUCUCGUUCAGCUACAGUCGUUGUUAACGUGGCGGUGGCGGACAGCUUCCCUGAAGUGCUGUCGGAGUUCACUGACUUUACUCACGACAAGGAGUACAACGACAACCUGACUUUUUACUUAGUGUUGGCUCUGGCUGUAGUCUCCUUCCUCUUCAUCACGUGUCUAGUUGUUAUUAUCUCAGUGAAGAUCUACAGGUGGAGACAGUCUCGCGUCCUGUAUCACUCCAAUCUCCCUGUGAUUCCAUAUUAUCCACCACGUUACUCAGACACUUUGGGGACAGGGACUCUCCAACACGUGUACAACUACGAGGUGUGCAGGACGACUGACUCCAGAAAGAGUGACUGUAAGUUCGGCAGAGCUGGUAGUCAGAACGUGCUGAUCAUGGAGCCCAGUUCUACAGGGACGAUGCAGCGGAUGCAGAGUGAAAAGAGCAUCCUGGAUGAACCUGACUCUCCUCUAGAGGUUGGUCAAAUAAUUUAUCUUCGUGUGUGUGAGACACUUUUUUCCCCCUUUUUGUGUUCAAUUAGAUUGAUGGUGCACAGUUCACCUUCAUUUUCAGCACCAUGGACAACGUCUCAUUUUACAUUACUUACCUGGAUUUCUGCUACAUUAUUUAUAUUCAAAUAGGUCAAUUGUACCAAUUGUCCUCCGCCAUUAUUGUACUUCACUUUCA